UAAACUGGAAACCGGAAGUGCACACAGACUGACGGACAGCAGUCAUGGCGUCGACAGCGACGACUCGAGCCGCAGCGGGAGCAGCUAGAGUAGUAAAACCGAUUUUCAGUCGGGACCUGGACGAAGCGAAGCGCAGGGUCCGGGAGCUGUAGAGCCUGGUACGAGAGGUCCCGAACACAGUGGCGCUGUUUCAGCUGGACAUCACGUCGCGUCAGGGGCGAGACAAAGUGAGGGAGAUGUUCGAUAAAAACAAGCACGUCACGGAUCCCCGAGUGAUCGACAUGUUGGUCAUCAAGGGGAAGCUGGAGCUCCAGGAAACCAUCCACGUGUGGAAGCAGAAGACUCACGUGAUGCGUUAUUUCCACGAGACCGAAGAAGCUCGUCCCGCCGACUUCCUGUCCAAAUUCUACCGGGGCCACGACCCCUGAACUGUGUCCCUGUCUGUCCUGUGUGACAAAUCUCCUCUAUUGUAAAUACACACUUAAUGCACA